AUGGUUUUGUUUACGAUCAUCAAUCUUGCGUCGAGUGCGUUUUAUCUCAAGCCCAUCUUCACUGAUGAUCCUAAUGGUACAACCACUCAAUCAAUUCGAUGGUUUAUGAAAGCACCUCUGAACUGGGACAAUAAUAUGAAAGUCAAAUGCCAGCCCAAGAUAUUAUCUGUCGGCGAUCGUAUUUUCUCGACCAACCUUGGUUUUCAAUACUCCGUCAAGGCUCUCACGUCAUCAGACGACGACUCAGCUUUUCGAAAGACAUAUCCUUCCAUUGCAUAUUUGAAUAAUACUCUUGAAGACUGCUAUCUCACAAAAGUCGAUAUUAACCUUCGAAAAUCAGAUGCUAGAGCGUCAAACAGCUGGUGGCUCUCCUGGAUCACGACUUUCACUGAUGCCACAGCCUCUUGCAAUGUCAUGACAAGUGAAGGCCUAGUGAACAUUACCCUUGGUGCUGAAUACACUGGUCAGAGUGAUCACAUAUAUGAUUAUGUUAUCGAGGAUAACUACAAUACUCAUGCAAGUACCUGGUGGGGAACAAGAUUGCUGAAUAUUUAUUUCACGGGUAUUCUGUCAACUAUGUCGCAAACUCAAGAUCUGGGAGAUGAUUCGUAUUGGAUGACGGGAGGGAUCACAUUCACGACUAAUCCGACUAUCAAAGAAUUAAGCAUUCGUGACCCAAAGUUAUUCAACCUCGCUGGAUGGUUUCUUUCCUCUGAUGGGUUUAUCCAGAACGAACGUGAGUUUCUUCUCCCUACUAAGCAUUUCUUAUACUUACGGCCCGCAGCUCUCAAUGACACAUCUUUCAUCAAGACUGACCAAAAGAAUCAGUUUGUCCCAGUUGUAUGGGAAAGUCUCCACUACACAAGAAUUCUUCACUCCCUCAUCGCCGUUGACCUCGGAAACAAGAACGCGCCCAGUCUGCUCCUUGAUGAAAAGAAUCUUCGAUAUGCCAUACUUCCACCAGAUGAUCCAAAUCGCAAAAAUGGCUCUUUUUUAAAUGGCUCAUCAUUAACUGGCCAAGCUACACGCUAUGCCCAAAUCCCAAAACCAGGAGCACCAGCUCCACCGACGGAAAAGGACCUUGUUCUUCUAAACGAAACUUAUGAUAUGUUUGCCAGUAAAAUGGGCCCGCUGGGCAGCAAAGAUGCUACGAUAGUCUCGCAGUAUCUCUGUUCUGUGCCGCAGAGUAAGAGUCCGGGUGUGAUGCUCUUGGCGAUCCUUCUUGCAGAUCUUGUAUUUCUGCAAGCAGCAUGGGUGAUUUAUAAUUGGGUUGCUGGAAGUAUGUUGUCAUCUUCGCAGAUGCAGACGUGUCAAGGAUGUAUUGGAGGUCCUGUUCAAGUUGCUGAGAAGAAUGGGUUUCUGAAUGAUAGGAAGGCUACGGUGACUUCUGGAAGCUACGUGAGUAUUAGUGCCGAUGAAGGAGCUGGUAGUAGUUUACUGAUGAGGGAGGCCAAGUGA